GUGGGACUGCAAAGUAAAGGGGACACGGCGUGGAUUUAGAUAAGGAUUAUCGCUGUUAUAGUGGUUUCACAGCUAUGCGAAAUAAGAAAACGCCAGAGGAUUAGUGACGCACAUCAAGUGGAGCGAAAUAGCAAAACAGAGUGAGAGCGCGAGACUCGGCUCGCCUCAGAGAUGAAAGAGAUGCUUGUUGUGACUACUCGUGUUUGUGAAGAAUGUCUUAAAACCCGAGGUGAUCUAAAGCUGUGCAAUACAUUCGCACCGCUGCUUUAAUUUGGUUAAUCUUCGCAUCUAAGGGGUUUUAGAUGAAGUGAUGGGGGGGAGACCUCAAAAGCAGCCCAAACAUGCCAGAGAGGGGAGGAGAGUGGCACGAGAGUGCGGUGUUGGUGUGUUUACAGUUCCCCGAAGUCUUUGAGCCGUAAGAGCUCAGAGUACAUUCUGCCACAAGUAAUUGUGUCAUCAAAGGAUAUAGUGCCACAGUCGAGCUGUCACCCAAUCCUUUCAUAGGUAAACGACAGGACAUUUCGCCUGUGGAAUUUUUUUUGCUCAAAGAGUUUUUAACCAGAAUGUGAAUAAGUAAUCAGUGGUAGAGCUUUCAUGAGAAUGAAGCUCUUGGAAUAGGUCUCUGCCAUUUUUUUCUUGUUGGAACAAUGGCAGCGUGAUACCGGAGAACCAAGGCUGAGCUAUUUCAAGCUAUCCUGCAAGGAGGGUGACAUGGCAAAGCCCUUCUACAGACUUCAACGCUUCCUGCGACGGACACAGCUGUUCCUUUUGUUCCUCGGUGUAGCCUAUAUUAUGGCAGGAAGUGUCCUCCUCCUCCAGAGACAUGGUUUGGUGGUGUCACAACGUGGGAUGAGCAGUUAUUUCCCAUUGCCGUCUUUGCCGUCUCCUCCCAGGGCCCUGGAGGCCCCUGCCUUCCGUUCUGGAUAUGGCAUUAUGGGCCCUCGCCCUCGUAGCGUUAAGGGGAUAGGAUACGAGGACAAUGCUGGACCACAGUGGUUAAUAUCACGAAACCAGGAGAUCCGACACUUGAGGCGACGCUGGUUCCACAGUCUUAUGUCCGAAAAGGAAGUGUCCAGGGUGGAGAAAGUAACUCCAAAGAGAAAAAUCAGACACAAAGGCACAUACGUUGGCUGCUUUCUGGACGAUGCCAAGGACCGUGCCCUAAAAGGGAUGAUGUUCUCUGACUUUCGGAAAAUGACCAGCACCUUGUGUCAGGACACCUGCAUGGAAAGCGGGUACCAGUUUGCUGGCCUUGAAUACGGGUCCGAGUGUUACUGUGGCAACCGUAUCACAAGCGUUCGGAUGAAAGAGGAGGAGUGUAAUUUGGACUGCAAAGGCGAGAAAGGCUCCAUCUGUGGAGGUGUGUCCCGUCUGUCCAUUUACAAGGUGGAGGAGGUUCAUCCUGGCCAGCGGAGAUACAGGAAUGUGCACUACCGGGGGUGCUUCAAACAACCUGACAACACAACAGCAGCUUCCCUGGUCCAUGUAGUCCAGCCCAACCUUACUUCCCAUUGGUGCACUGAGACCUGCAUGGAUCAGGAGUUUCCUCUGGCCAUGAUCAGGAAACCAGACUGUUACUGUGGCUAUGCCACCCCUCACUUCACUCUUCAUGAUCCGAUGAAUGAGCAGUUCUGUGCUCUGGACAACAGCAGUUUGAAUAUCAGGAGUUCCCAGCAGCUCUUUCUCCAGGUCUACCAGACACCCGUUCAGGACUCCAGAUGCACAGAGAAGAAGUUUCUGCCGGAGAAGUCAAGCUCUCUGGUGGCUUUAUCCAGUUUUCCCGGUGCUGGGAACACCUGGGUGAGGCACCUGAUCGAGCUUGCAACAGGCUACUACACAGGCAGUUACUACUUUGAUGGCACCCUCUACAACAGAGGCUUUAAGGGUGAGAAAGAUUACUGGAAGAGUGGACGAACCAUCUGCGUGAAAACACACGAGAGCAGCCAGCGGGAUAUAGAGAUGUAUGACUCAGCAAUCCUGUUGAUAAGAAACCCCUACCGCUCGCUAAUGGCUGAGUUCAACCGCAAAUGCGCCGGGCAUCUCGGUUAUGCUUCUGAUCAGCAUUGGAAAAGCAAAGACUGGCCAGAAUUUGUGGGUAGUUAUGCAUCCUGGUGGGCUUCACACGUAUUGGACUGGCUGCGUUAUGGAAAGAGACUGCUGGUGGUGCAUUAUGAGGAGUUGCAAGAGUCACUGGUGCCUACACUGCAAUCCAUCACUUCUUUCCUCAAUGCAAAUGUCAGUGAAGAACGCCUCCUCUGUGCUGAGUGCAACAAGGAUGGCCACUUUAAACGCUCAGGUGCGCGACGGCCCACCUUUGACCCUUUCACCCCAGAUAUGAAGCGGUUGAUUGAUGGUUACAUUAGUGCUGUGAGCCAGGCUCUCAAAGCCAGCAACCAUACCUGCUUGCCACAGGAGUACCUUCCAAGAUGAUAAGUCCAGAACUAGUGCAGCACUCAUAGCCUCAAGGCCCGGUACCUAAAACUGUGAUGUCUAGGACUACCAACCACUGGAGAUAUUUUAAAUCUCCCGACAAUGUAAUUCCUCCCAAAGUGUGGUGGAAAAUAAUGGCAUAUGAUACUGUUCAUUACACUACAAGUAGUACUUCAACAUGGUGAAAUACUGUGAUGAAUAAUUAUAGACAUUAGAUCUGACAAUGGCAAACUGGGACUCUAAAUGAACAUCUCUAGUUGAAGUCUAUAUUAAAGUUGUUUAGGUCUUUCUCUACACAUAUGGGAAGAACUUAGUCAACAUGAAACAGCAUUUGUAUUCAUUUUACAUCAUAAUGUCACGUUUUUUGAGAGAUUUAGAGUUCAACAAGAAAAAUGUAGGCCAUGACUUGAUUUUAUCCACUGGAAAAUCACUGGAUUGUAGAAAGUGAGCAUUACAUACAGUACCAGUAUGGAACCAAGCAAUUUGAAGCUAAUUUAAUUGUUUACAAUACAACCAAAAACAUGCAUUAAGAAAGUAAAUAGGGCCCAUUUUGAUUUCAUGUUGACUGGUGUUGUCAAAAGUACCGGUACUUUGGUACCAAGUCGGUACUAAAAUAAAAAAGAUGUACCGAUACCAGUGAUUCUACAGUACUGGUAGUACCGAGCGCCGACUUAAUUCGGUACCCGCACACUGUCUUACUGACACACGAUUGUUUUCAAAUGGUCACAUGCUUAUGUGAGCGUGUGCUCUGUUGCUCCUUUUACACUGAAAUGCACAACUACUCAAAUUAAAAUCGUGAUAUGUCCUAGUGUUAUUAUUAAACCAUGAAAUGCUGCAA